AUGAGUAUCUCCGUGUCCAUCAAACACGCCGGAAAGGCGCAAAAUGUCGAAUUGGAUACCUCUCAGCCUCUAGCAGCGUUUAAACAGACCAUCUACGAAGCAACAGGGGUCCCAGUUGACCGAAUGAAAGUCAUGAGUAAAGGCCUCGUCCUCAAAGACGAUACACCUUGGUCCAAGCUCGCUAUCAAGCCUGGACACCAAUUCAUGAUAAUCGGAGUCGCCGGCGAGUUGCCCAAACCACCCGAGAAGCCAGUGGUUUUCCUCGAAGAUAUGGGAGACUCUGAGCUUGCUUCUACGGUAUCUACGCAGUUUGCUUGGCACAAUCCUCCAUUGACCACACCCCAGCUACGGCUCCCCGUUGGCCUGACAAAUCUUGGAAAUACCUGUUAUAUGAAUUCGACUCUCCAAGUGCUCAGAACGAUCCCCGAGCUCAAUCCUGCACUAGAACAAUUUACGCAAACCUCUCAGGGUGGAUUAGGUGCAACACUGACUGCAGAAAUGCGUCGACUCUACCAGUCCAUGAAUCAAACUACGGACAAGAUGAUACCCGCAGUCUUUCUGCAACGUCUCAGGAUGGUCGCUCCUCAAUUCGCCGAGCAGCGACCUGGACAAGGGUUUGCACAACAAGAUGCGGAGGAAUGCCUUACCUCAAUUCUCAACGCUCUUCGUGAAUCGUCUCUCGUCGUUCCUCCCAACGGUAACGGAGAGGGUAGUCCAAAGAAUCUGGUAGAGAACUAUAUAAUGGGCGAGAUGACUACAGAACUCAAGUGUGACGAAGCCCCGGAUGAGGAAACUUCGACAUCGAAAUCGACAUUCUCAAAGCUAGAAUGCAAUAUUAGUAUCACAACGAACUAUCUACAGACGGGUAUCAAAGAGUCUCUUGAUCAAAAAAUCGAGAAACAAAGUCCGUCUCUUGGCCGCUCUGCAAUUUACAGCCAAAAGUCUCGCAUCUCCCGCCUACCAUCCAACUUGAUCGUUCAUAUGGUCCGUUUCUACUGGCGCCGGGAUAUUAAUAAAAAGGCCAAGAUCAUGCGCAAAGUGAAGUUUCCUUUCGAGUAUGACGUACUUGACCUCGUCACCGAAGAACUCAAACAAAAGCUCCUGCCAGUCAACACUCGGUUGAAAGAGAUAGAAAAGGAUAGACAAGAGCGUCGCAAAGUUCGCAAACGAACUCGUAAGGUGCAACCCGGAGCGUCUGUUGAAAUGCCCAUCGAACCGGCUCCUCCAGUGUCCCCCACUGUCAUGGUCGGUGGUCCUGACGAGGGUACGGGCUCGCAGAUGGAUGUCGAUCAAUCCGGCUCUACAAUACCAGUAAUUGAACCAGGAACAGCGGAUGAAGCAGAGAUCCGGCGGAGAGAGGCAGAGGAACUAACUUCACUUGUUCAUGAUGAUCUCAAAUCCGAUGCGGGUGCCAAUGUGACUGGUAUGUACGAACUUGUUGGGAUCAUCACUCACAAGGGCGCAAGCGCGGACUCUGGUCAUUAUAUCGGCUUUGCGAGAGCAGAUGUGUUCACUCCCCGAAGACCAGAAGAGAUCGAUGAGACAACAGACCAGUGGAUCAAAUUCGACGACGACAAGGUGUCUGUCAUGACAGAGGUCGCGGUUGGGGCUUUGGACGGUGGCGGCGAAGAUUCUGCCGCGUACAUUUUGCUAUAUCGUAGCAAGCUUCCGCUUUGA